CCAUGAAUUCCAGGCAUUGACAGGUUUCCCAUGAUGCACUGUAACUGGGUUUGCCCAGAUGAGCCAAGAUGGCCGACUUUGAGGAGCAGCUUACUGAUGAUGAAAAGGUGCGUAUUGCUGCCAACUUCAUCAUCCACGCUCCUCCUGGAGAGUUCAACGAAGUCUUCAAUGAUGUGCGGUUACUGCUCAACAAUGACGGCAUUCUCAGGGAGGGCGCGGCACAUGCCUUUGCCCAAUACAACAUGGAUCAGUUCACCCCGGCCAAAAUAGACGGGUACGAGGACCAGGUUUUGAUCACAGAACAUGGAGAUCUGGGCAACGGGCGUUUUUUUGACCCGCGGAACCGGCUCUCGUUUAAGUUUGACCACCUGAGGAAAGAAUCCAGUGACCCCCAGCCACACGAGGGGGAGAGUGGCCUCCGGGCCUGGAGAGAUGCCUGUGACAGCGCCCUCAAGGCCUACGUCAAGGAGCACUAUCCCAGUGGAUUCUGCACUGUCUAUGGAAAAACCAUUGACGGGCAGCAGACCAUAAUUGCAUGCAUCGAAGGCCAUCAGUUUCAACCAAAAAACUUCUGGAAUGGGCGUUGCCGGUCUGAGUGGAAGUUCACCAUCUCCCAGUCCUCGACUCAGGUGGUGGGGGUCCUGAAGAUUCAGGUGCAUUAUUAUGAAGACGGAAAUGUCCAGCUGGUCAGCCACAAGGACGUGGAGGAGACACUGAGCAUGUCUAAUGAGGCACAGACGGCCAAGGAAUUCGUCAAGAUCAUUGAAAAUGCUGAGAAUGAGUACCAGACGGCCAUCAGUGAAAACUACCAGACCAUGUCAGACACCACUUUCAAAGCCUUACGGCGUCAGCUCCCAGUCACGCGCACCAAGAUCGACUGGAACAAGAUCCUCAGCUACAAGAUCGGCAAGGAGAUGCAGAACGCUUAGAGUUGGCCUCCUGAUCAGCUGAGGGGCCUGCUUGUGUUACACGGUCAAGUGGCAAGCGUGGUCGAGCUGAGGGGGGGGCCAUCUACUCAGCCAAAGCUCACUGUUCCCCUGCUGUGCUGUGCUGUGCUGUGCUGUGCUCUCACCUCACCUCACAUGGAAGAGUGCUAUGUGUCUGUUAUUCUUUUAGUUUGGUCUGUUUUAUUUUCUAUGAAAGCCAAGGUUUUUUGUUGUUGUUUUUUUGUUUGUUGUUAUUGUUGUCAUCCUGCGAGGCGAAAUUGCUUUCCCUGCCACCAAACAUCAAAAAGUGGCUGACGAACACCCCCCCCCCCCCCACUCACACACACACAAGACAUUCUCUCCCUCUCUCAUGCGUGCACGUACAUGCGCACACACACACACACACACCUUGAUAAACGCACACAGACACACAGGUACACUGGGAAGCCAGGUCAUCCCAUAUCUCGUCCUCCUAAUCAUAGUGCUUAGUGGGGUCUAAAAUGUCGCCAUUAGGUGUUUUAAUCCCACUCUCAUGUCAUGACAUCCCUGGCUUAGCCUUAGAAGUCUGCAGCAUUAGUCCCAAUGUCUUUAAAUUGUUUAUGAGAGAGUUUCCACCAUCUGAACAUCCUGUCUGCUCAUGUGCGUCCCACUCCUUGACAUGACUCGCUGUCCACUGACUCUAAAAGAUCAGCACUGUGCUUCUUCGGUCUUUCCCAUGGUAAAGGAAAUACAGCUGUGUUACUGACAAAUCAAAAAGUAUUUCUUGGCUGCCACACAGCUUUCACGCAAAGGCAUCACAGGGCUCCACUCACAAGCGGAUGUUGUUAUUAAUUAUUAAAGGGAGCAUUUAGUCACAGUUGUCCCUGCUUCACAUCAGUUUGUGUACUAUAGUGUUGAUCUUUUUUUCCAUCCUCUAAGCAGUACUGUUUUUUGCCUUCCACUAGUGUCAAAAAGGUGUUUUAAGUCGUGACACAACCCCCUCCCCUCACAUGACCAUCUUCUUUACUUAGCGAUUUUUGCUAUUUUUUACUAAGUGUAUGAAAAAAACAUGUAUAAAUCAAAAGGAAUAAAGGAUUUGCACCAAA